UCUCUCCCAUUCCUCAUUCACUCACUCCCCAAACAUGUCUCCAAAACAACCUCAUUCCACCACUCCUCUCCUCCCCCUCCUCCUCCUCCUCCUCUCCGCCGCCAUCGCCGCUGCAGACCAAGGUGGCAUCGCCAUCUACUGGGGCCAAAACGGCAACGAAGGAACCCUAACCGAAACCUGCGCCACCGGUAAAUUCUCCUACGUAAACAUCGCCUUCCUCAACAAGUUCGGCAACGGCCAAACCCCCGAAAUCAACCUCGCUGGCCACUGCAACCCGGCGGCCAACGGUUGCGCCGGCGUCUCCGCCGGAAUUCGCUACUGUCAAAAAAACAACAUCAAAGUCAUGCUCUCCAUCGGCGGCGGCGACGGAAGCUACUCUCUCUCCUCCAAAGCCGACGCCCAAAACGUUGCGAUCUAUCUCUGGAACAACUUCUUAGGCGGACGGUCCUCCUCUCGCCCUCUCGGCGAUGCCGUUUUGGACGGUAUCGAUUUCGACAUUGAGCUCGGCUCGACUAAAUACUGGGAUGAUCUAGCUCGGUAUUUAUCGGCUUACAAUAAGUUCGGCUCUAAAGUUUACUUAACUGGCGCGCCACAAUGUCCAUUUCCCGAUAGCUUUUUAGGGGCUGCGCUUAAUACCGGGCUUUUCGACUAUGUUUGGAUACAGUUUUAUAAUAAUCCUUCAUGUCAGUACAGUUCUGGGAAUAAAGAUAAUUUGAUAAAUUCUUGGAAGCGUUGGACUUCGUCGGUGAAUGCGCGGAGAUUUUUCUUGGGGUUGCCGGCGGCGCAGCAGGCUGCAGGAAGUGGGUUUAUUCCGGCGGCGGUGCUGACUGGUCAGAUUCUGCCGGAGAUAAAGAAAUCGGAGAAGUAUGCGGGUGUGAUGCUUUGGAGUAAGUAUUGGGAUGAUCAGAGUGGGUAUAGUUCUAGCAUUAAGAGCAAUGUUUGAAUGAAUCUAAAUUCAGCAAAUUUAACCAGUUCUUCUUCAUUUGUUUGUUUGAAGUUGUAAGUUGAAUUGGUUUAACUUGGCUUUCUCCUUUUGUCGAAUAAGUCAAAAAAAUAAAAUAAAAAUAAAAGGCUUGUUUUUGUGAACAAUGA